AGCAAAAGGCGAUGUCGUGAAAGCCUGAGAAAGGAAAAAGGCCGAACGCCGGGGAAUUAAUCAAGUGGCUGUUUUAGAAAUACACACUGAGGAAAUAACCUAAAAGUGGCGUUUGGAUCGAGUGAUGGCCGAGCAUCAGUGUUCAGAAAUCGAAGCUGAACUGUAUUACCUUAUUGCUAGAUUUCUCCAGUCGGGACCGUGUAAAAGAUCUGCCAAGGUAAGCGGAAAGCAGUCGGACGUUUCACGAUUCCAAUUACUUUUUUUUAGAAGAGAGGUAAAGAAAAGUACUGUUUCAUUUCAGAUCCUAGUGGAGGAACUGGAGGAGUACGAGCUGAUUCCUAAACGCUGGAGUUGGGACGGCAAACAAAAUAAACGAAAGUUCGAAGAUUGGGUGACCCUCAAUAAACACAUCCCGGAAGAUUAUCUUCUGCGCCUGUGUCAGCGGAUAGGCCCGCUCCUUGACAAGGAGGUCCCCCCCAGUGUCCCGGGGGUCCGUACCCUCCUUGGGCUUGGAAGGCAGUCUCUUCUGCGCAGUGCCAAGGGCUGUGCUCGCACAGUAUGGAGUGGCUCUACUUUCGCGGCCUUGCAUCGAGGAAGGCCUCCCGAACCGCCGGUCACCUGUGGGAAACCACCCAACAUCGCUGCCAUUAUGGGUGCCCGCCAGUUGACGGGGACAUUUCGCUUUGGCCAUGCCUUCCCUUCCUCUACCUACCAGCACAUGAAGAUGCAUCGCCGUAUUCUGGGCCACCUGUCGUCUGUGUAUUGCGUGGCCUUCGACCGUACUGGCCGCCGCGUCUUUACGGGUUCUGAUGAUUGCCUGGUGAAAAUCUGGGCAACCGAUGACGGCCGUCUACUCUCCACACUGCGUGGCCAUGCAGCCGAAAUCUCUGACAUGGCAGUUAACUAUGAGAACACUCUCAUCGCAUCAGCCAGCUGCGACACUGUCAUCCGGGUGUGGUGCCUGCGCACGUGUGCCCCCAUCACAGUGCUGCAGGGCCACGCUUCUGCCAUCACGUCCAUACAGUUUUCACCAUCGGCAAAAGGGACAACGCGCUACCUGGCUUCCACUGGAGCAGAUGGGAUGGUGUGCUUCUGGCAGUGGAACUCAGUCACCAUGAAGUUCAAUGAGCGUCCGUUCAAGUUUACAGAGCGAUCUCGUCCGGGAGUGCAGAUCUCCUGCUCCUCCUUUAGCUGUGGUGGUAUGUUUUUAGCCACGGGCAGCACUGAUCAUGGCAUCAGGGUGUACUUCCUGGGCACUGCGGAGCCUAUGAACUUCUCUGAGUUGGAUGCACAUAUGGAUAAGGUUGUAGCAGUCCAGUUCUGCAACAAGAGUGACAGCCUCAGGCUUGUGAGUGGCAGUCGAGAUGGCACUGCCCGCGUGUGGCACUACCAGCAUCAGGAGUGGAAAAGUAUCACCUUGGAUAUGGCCACACGGCUGCCUGGGAGCAGUAUAGGUUCUGGGGAGGAUAAGACGACGAAGCUUGUUGUGACGAUGGUUGCCUGGGACUGUGCGGACAACACCGUCAUUACUGCUGUUUCCAACUACCUGCUUAAAGUGUGGAGCUCUUCCACUGGCCAGUUGCUGCAUGUUCUGUCGGGACACGAUGAUGAGGUGUUUGUUCUUGAAACACACCCGUUUGAUUCACGGAUCAUGCUGUCCGCCGGCCAUGAUGGCAACAUCUACGCGUGGGACCUGACAAAGGGCACCAAGAUUCGCAACUUCUUCAACAUGAUCGAAGGCCAGGGUCAUGGCGCUGUCUUUGACUGCAAGUUCUCUGCGGAUGGGCAGCACUUUGUCUGUACUGACUCCCAUGGGCACCUGCUCGUCUUUGGGUUUGGCUGCAGCAAACCGUAUGAAAAGAUCCCAGAUCAGAUGUUCUUCCAUACGGAUUUCCGGCCGCUGAUCCGCGAUGCUAACAACUUUGUCCUGGACGAGCAAACCCAGCAAGCUCCCCACCUUAUGCCACCCCCGUUCCUGGUGGACGUGGACGGGAACCCCCAUCCGCCACACUAUCAGCGUCUGGUGCCUGGGCGUGAGAACUGCAGAGAGGAGCAGCUAGUGCCACAGCUGGGCUACAUGGCUAAUGGUGAUGGUGAGGUGGUGGAGCAGGUGAUUGGCCAGCAGACUGUGGGGGAGGAGGAAGAAGAGAGCCCCCUGGAUGGACUCAUCAGGCAAAUGCAGAACCAGCAAGAUUUUAAUCUAAAUGCAGGACCAGCAAAUGGAGCUCAGCCAGCAGCGGAGGUGGAAUCCCCGCCAAACGUGGGAUUGCGGCGAAGUGGACAGGUAGAGGGCGUCCGCCAGAUGCACCACAACGCCCCCCGCAGCCAGAUUGCCACUGAGCGAGACUUAUUGGCAUGGAGUCGAAGGGUAGUGGUCAGCGAGGUGCAGCCAGCAGUCUACAGGAUGAUGGAAGAGCACCGACAGGCCAGGAGUGAAGCAGAGUACACGCUCUACAGCACUGAAAGGAGAAAGACACCCAUGCUUGUUCAUCGCAACACAAGAAAUGAGCAGCAGGGUCCGGGCCUACGCUCCCUGCGUCGGACCCGCAGGCAGCAGCAGCGACACACCUACCAGACCCGUUCCGCUCGAGAGCGACGGCCGGUUCAGAGGACCCAGAGGGGAGACGGCCAGCAGAGCGCUGACAGCCAGGGGGAGCUGGACAGUGAGGAUGAGCUGGAAGAGCAGGUAGAGGUCAGUGAACCAUCCUCAGAGGGCGAGGCACAGUGGCAAAGUGACAGCAGUUCCAGCGACGACUCCAGCGAGUACUCUGAUUGGACCGCGGACGCUGGGAUUAACCUGCAGCCACCCAAACGGCCAAUCAGAAGGCCAGCCCGCCACCCGGGCAGCAGCAGCUCGGAAGAUGAGAGAGAAGGAGAUGGAGAGGACAGAAGGAGGCAGGCCGAAAAAAGGAAGAAAUCCAAACAGAGCAAGCAGAAGAAAUCAAACUCAUCGCUGUCGUUGGCUGGGCAUGAUGCUGAAGAGUGGCUUCCCACGGCCUGGAUCAUGGAGACCAUCCCUAGACGCUCCCCUUUAGUCCCCCAAAUGGGAGAUGAGCUGAUCUACUUCCGGCAGGGCCACCAAGCCUAUGUCCGCGCGGUACGUAAGGGCCGCUCCUACAGCAUCAACAUCCAGAAGCAGCCCUGGAAUAAGAUGGACCUCAGGGACCAGGAAUCUGUAAAGGUUGUGGGAAUCAAGUAUGAGGUCGGCCCCCCCACGCUCUGCUGCCUCAAAUUGGCCUUCCUGGACCCCAUCUCAGGCAAGAUGACUGGCGAGUCCUUCUCCCUCAAGUACCAUGACAUGCCUGAUGUCAUUGAUUUCUUGGUGCUGCAGCAAUUCUACAGUGAAGCCAAGGAGCGUAACUGGCAGUCAGGUAUCCGUUUUCGCAGCAUCAUCGAUGAUGCCUGGUGGUUUGGCACAGUGGAGAGCCAGCAGCCCUUCCAGCCUGAAUACCCAGAUAGCCUGUUCCAGUGCUAUGCAGUGCGGUGGGACAAUGGUGAAAGGGAAAAGAUGAGUCCCUGGGACAUGGAACCCAUUCCAGAUGAAGCUGCAUUCCCUGAAGAGGUGGGCGACGGGGUUCCUGUUACCGAGGAGGAGCUUAAAGCCCUGCUAUACGCCCCCCAGGAAGGGGAGUGGGGCUCUAACACACAGGACGAGGAGUGCGAGAGGGUGAUCCAGGCCAUCGAUCAGCUCCUCACCCUGGAUAUUGCUAAAGCCUUCUCCUCGCCUGUGGACCUGAGGGAUUACCCACUGUACUGCACUGUGGUGGCCUACCCCACUGACUUUAGCACUAUUCGGAAACGGUUGGAGAACCGUUUCUACAGGCGGAUCUCGGCACUUAUGUGGGAGGUUCGCUAUAUCGAGCACAAUGCACGCACUUUCAAUGAACCCCAGAGCCCCAUUGUCUCAGCAGCCAAGGUGGUGACGGACGUGUUACUGCGCUUCAUUGGAGAUCAGAGCUGUACCGACAUCCUGGAGCUACACCACAAGGUGAUAACUGAGGUUAGCAGUGCUGCAGAAGAGGAGGAUGCAGAGCUCGAAGUGGAUUCAGACACUCCUGGGACUUCAACUGGACAGAGGACCAGUAGAUCUGCUGUUAAGGAUCAGGCCCAGCUUCCGUCCAAGAAACGAGGGGUGGAGCUAGAUGUGCAUGCGUGGCAUGGGCAGUGUCGCGAUCUGCUCCGUCGGAUGCUGGAGAGCCCUGAAUCGGAGCCAUUCCGCCAGCCUGUUGACCUCUUCGUUUACCCGGAUUACCGAGACAUCAUUGACACGCCAAUGGACCUGGGCACCGUGACAGAGACAUUGGCUGUUGGGAAUUAUGAGAACCCAAUGGAGUUUUGCAAAGACGUCCGGCUCAUCUUCAGCAACUCAAAGGCUUACACACCCAACAAAAAGUCACGGAUAUACAGCAUGACUCUGAGACUGUCGGUAUUCUUUGAGGCCCAGAUCAUCCCCAUUAUCUCUGACUACAAGUCAGCCGUGCAGAGCCAGAGGCGGAGCCGGCAGAGGUUGAAUUAUCGCAAACGUCUGCGCAGCAGCAGCAGUUCACCUCCUGCCAGUAGACCUUCCAGUCCAAAAGGGAAACAAAAGCCAGGAAAAACAAAUUCAAAAUCUUCUGCAAAAUCUUCUGUUUCUUUGGCAAAGAGCGCUUCCAGAAAAUCAUCUCAAGACUUGGAUUCAAGUUCAGUAUCUGUGGUAGAUGAAAAUGAUGAGGACAACCAGCCAUCAUCUAGCUCGAGGUUGGGGAGUCAACACAGUGGUCCCGUAGUGGACAGGGUGACACGCAGCAGAGCCACACCAGUUAAAACCUCAGGGUGUUUUUGUGUAACACACGCAGAACCAUCAAGUAACGGACCUCUGACUAAUGGUGCUGGACGGACCCUGAGCUCUGCCACACGGAAACGGCUCGGCCUUCGAUCAGAGGAAGAAGCAGGGGGAACAUCCAGCAGUUCCACGUCGUCGUCUUCUUCCUCUUCGUCCUCAUCUUCGUCAUCGUCCUCGUCAUCCUCUUCCUCCUCUUCUGACAGCGGAAGCAGUUCUGAGUCUGACGUUGCCGAUUUUGUCGAUGGGGGAGACCAUGACUAUAGCAAAGCUCCACAGCUGCGCCCUCGGGGCAAGGCAAGGGGCAAGGUGGCAACCAACGGCACCAAGAAGAGGGCCGCCGAUGAAAUUGCAAGGGUGAUGACGAAACGAGCAAGGCUGGAAAAGGAAAAGGAAGUGGAGCCGCAGGAAGAAGAGGAUGAUUCGGUUGAGGAAGAGCCAGAUGAGGAGGAAGAACCAGAAGAAGAGGAGGAACCAGAGGAAGAAAAUGACGUAGACCAGAAUGUAGUCCAAAGGAGGGCGCAAAUCAACCAGCAGACGGGCCAGAGGAAGUCUGCUCGGGUCAACACACGAAAUCAGGGCCGCCGGACCGUCCUAUAUAAUGACGACUCUGAGGAUGAUAACCUGGCAACCAACGAAGACCCUCUGAACUUAGGCAUGUCUCGCUCGGGCAGGAUCCGUCGCAUGACCGAGAAGGCCCGAGUCAGCCAUUUGAUGGGCUGGAACCACUAACUAUCCAACGACUCCUUUGUUUUAUCCGGCCAUGUUCCCACCUGUUUGUUGUGAUAAGACACUUUACCUUAAAAAUGACUACAUUUUAUACUUCAGGGAUUUUUUUUUCUCCAAAUUCUCUGUGUGUCUGUGUGCGUGCGCGUGUGUGCAGGAGACUGUUUACGACUUCCAACUGGCAGUGGUGCUUUCAAAUUCUUGCCAAUGAAGCGCUCUGGCUCCUCAGAAUUCCUUAUCACAGUACAAACCCUAAGUCUCCCAAAAAUCCGCCUUACUGCACUCCUGGGCCUUAACAUAAUGACUUCCUCAUUCUCCCCUCAGUGCAACUCCCCAGCUUCAUCAGGCUAGGGUCAGGGAUACCAAAAAGCAAUGGUCGCUCCAACCCCUGCUCCCCGGUUUGUGGUACAACAGUUGUAGUCAGUUUUCUUCUUGCUGGAACAUGUAGCCUCUCUCCCACUCUCUCUGCUGGUCUUGUACUUCCCCUGCUUGUCUGUCAUAUUUAUGAAUUUGUUGCUGUUACCAAUGCUAAAAUUUUUAUGGUCACUGUUACAGUAGCUUGCUUGCUGUUCUUGGAGAAUGCAAGUGUCAUUUUUCUUUCUCCCCUGUUCUCCCAGUUUUGGUGCUUUUUCCAAUUUUACCUCAAGCAAUUUACUGAUAUUUAAGUUUGCAAAUGAGAGUAAAAAGGUUUUUCUUUUUUUUCUCUCUUUUGCACAUCUAAACAAAAUGUAUUUUUCCUCAUAAUUGUGUGCCACAUUUAUUUACAUCCAUUUGCCAUCAUGUAAACACUUGACAAGUCCCCAGGCAAGCAUGGAAAUGUUUGCAUACGAAUAUUAGCUCCAAGUCAGAUUUUUAUUUGUAUUUUAAUAUAUAUAAAUAAAAAUCUGCUCUUGCCCUCUAUGACACUGGCAUUAAACCCGUGACUGUUCCUAAGCAUGCAAUGUCAUACAACUAAUGGAAUAGACGCACCUGCUCUUCUUGUCACAUGCUGAAUGGACACUUUUUACUAUAGAAAAGAUUUAUUUUUUAAGCUAUUGUAUUAUACAUUUUGCAAUCAGUUCCUACCGUGAAAAUAAUAAUGAUGAAAAUGUUUGCACAAUGUUAUCAAUUACAUGUGGCAGCUGAAAUACAGGGAAGAUACCCGUCUGGACUCUGCAAUGUCAUCUUCAUUUUAUCAGAUUAUCUUCUCAUUUAAGAAAUUGGGGCACCUGUAACUACAGACUUUGGAUGAUGCCACUCUCCAUAAUGAAUGGGACUAGGGUUUGCUUGCAUCUGAUCUGCACUUUGAAUUGGGUCCCUAGCAUUAAGAAUGAAGAGCUCUGUAACUGCUGCAUUCCCUCUGCAAUGUGAGGGGCCUGCCAGCAUCAAAUCUAGAAUUGUCAGUCCUUCCAGCUUCUUCAAUGAAGAUGCCAUGUCCUGUGAAGCAGGGUUUUUUUCUUUCUGCCCUCGAAAACAUGGUGCUUUCUGAUUCACAUCCAGUUUCACAAAUCUUGUUCCAGCUCUUAAGGUCUCAGUAGGGUCUGAUAGGACAGGUUUUCAUACCUUUUCCCAUUGACCAGUGGUAUAACUAUAUUGUUAUUCUUGCUGUGAUUCUUGGGAUGGACAAUCUGAAAAUUUUCCUGUAUAACAACGUAUCAGUAUCACUGCUCCUUAAGUCAACGGACGUUAAGUUGGGGCCAAUAUUUUUAUCCCUAACUUUUUUGAUGGGAAAUGAACUUUCCUUAUGAUAUUCCCUGAGCAUCAGACUUGCUGUGUGAUAGUCCAUUAAUAUUUGUGUGUCAUUUUUAAUACAGUUGUUUUUUUUUUUUGUUUUUUUGUUUUUUAAAUAAAGGAGCAAGAACGUCGUUCUCCAAAUUAGGCAACUGUCAUUUCUAUGUUCCAUCUUGUCCGUCUUCAUCUGGUCUCUCUCUCUCUCUCAUGCUCAAACAGUGUUGAAGUGCUCAGAGACUUAUUCUCUAAACACUUCUGAUCCUGGAGUUUGAGUUACUUGUCAUCCCAUUGCCAUCAAAAAAGAUAAUGGUUACAUAACUGGGCCCAAUGUAGUUAUAAAUAUGGCUGCUCAUGUCAGGCAAGAUUUUCUGGGGGCAGGGUCUAACAUUGUUGAUCGGUAAUUUGUUCUUUAUCCUGAUUAUCAGUGUUGUUCUGAUGAGAUUUGGCAGUGUUUUUGUAACUUGGUCAUGUAAAAGUGCGUAUGUAUCGUAUGAGGAUGUUUGUUGUUUUUUUUUUUGUUUUUUUUUUUGGCUGAGAAAUGUGACCAAAUUCGAUGCAAAUCUUUAAGUUUAACAUUUUAAAGUACAAACUAGUUUUACACCUGAAAGAUGUGUAUUGAAAAUAUCAUCUAGUAUAUUCAUUUUCUAGUAUUAAAUAUGAGAAAAUGUGAAGGAAAAAGGACCUAUACCUUGUGGUGGUGUUAGUAUACCAUAGUAUAUUUAUGCUAAGGUGUUGCUGAAAUAAGGAUGAAAUAGACAAGAGUGAGAAUUGAAGUUAACAGGAUGCUGCAAACAGGAUAAGACUGCAGUUUUGCUGGUAUAGUAUGGACUACUGCAGAAUGUAUGUAAGGCUGGGAUGCAUAAAUACAAAGCAGGCCUGCAUGCUAGCAUACUAAUCUUUUUUUCUUUUUCAGGGAGUUUGAUUUUCUGUUGAAGGAAGGGAGGGCAUUUAUUGGGAGGAUGGGAGAAAUCAGGUACUUAGAGACUAAAUGCAGAUGAAGACAUUUUGCACUGGUGUGUUGGAAGUCCAUUGUGUCGUUUCCGUAGCAAGUGGUCAUAUUGAAAAAAUGAUUUUUGUACUGCGACUUUCUUGGAUUAGCAAGUUUAUUUUGUGUGUGUGCGUGCAAAUGUGCGUUUCCUUACCUUGGUUUGCGUGAAACAUCAAGUUGAAAUUUAUCAGCCAUUUUACUGGUUCCGGGUCAUUUUACAUCUCCCUCCCAUGUCUUGUAGUACUUCGAUCAAACAAUAUUUAUUUGACUAAAACGUAAAUGAAAUAUAUGUAGGUGGCACUCAGGUUUUGAGUCUGAGUUAGAAGAUGGGGAAUAAGAAGGCAAGAUGUUUCUCAAAUUAAUCCCUAAGCAUUUGUAUUGAUACCAUUACUUACACUAGCUUUCUUGCAGUCUGUUGUGGUUUUUCUAAAUUAAUAUGGAUAUAUAGCAUCAUAUAUAGCAUCAUACUUGCACAGAUGGUUUGAAUGUCAUGAAUAAGCCAUAUGUCAUAUUUUAAGGCUUUUACCUUAUUUAUUCUGCUUUUAGACAAAACGAAAGCUUAACUUUAGAUUUCUGUUUAGUUCGGUUCAAAACUAUUUGUAGUUUUCAGUCAGAUGUCAGAUUUUGGGCCGGUAAUAAACAUGGGCUUCAUUACUCUGUGUUACUCAGCGCUGUUCUUCAGCUUUUGUUUGGAAAAACUACUUCAGCUGUUGUCCUGAUACAUAGAGAUGUUGGCUGACCACAACGCUGUUCUGAAUCAUCCUGAGUAUUCUGACCAUGUUAACCUUAGGAGGUAAAUAGGUGGAUCUGUGGAGAAAGCCUCUCUGAAUGUAAAAUAACGUAAAGCAUGAUGGUUCUAAUGGUGGAUGUGGGAUGAAAUUCACUGCUUCUGGGCACACUUUGUUUUUCCGUUUUGUUACUUAAUGGAAUCUCAGUGUACCUACACUAAAUUAGUUACAAGUGACUGAGACCAGCCUCACUAAUAGGAAUAAAAUUGGAAGCCCCACAUCAGAUUUGUGGACAGGCUGCUGAACAUUCCAUGUCUAAUACCCUCACAUGCUGGAGAUCCAGAUAAGGGUGCUUUUCACCCACAGCCUCCUCUUUGUGGCGGCAGUUUUGCUAGGCCAGUUGCUUAAGAAAAAUGCAACAUGCAGAAAUGAGUGACACCCACUGUAUUCUAUGGGCUGGUUUUCAGCAAGCAAUAACUCCUCGAUAUAUAGAUAUGUCAUACAGGUACUGUUCUUGUGUCUUGUGUCUGGUUCGUUUUCCUUCUGACCGUGUGCUUUUAUUUAUCUAUUUAUUUUAAUAGUGACCUGUGAAAGAGGAUUUGUCCCAGGAAACACUAGUUUGCCAAACAGCCCCCCAUUGCCCAUCUCUCAGGAUGCUUUGUUAGAAAAUAAGAGUUCAGGGAUUUUUGUUCAGGUGUCUUUAUGGCAGACCAAAUGUAAUAGUUAUGCAACAGGAGCUGUGGUUUUUAGUUAAUUUUGUCUCACUUUUUAUGUAAGUUAAGACAUGGUGCAGGGGAAAUGUACAUUUUUGUAAAGUUUUUCAUAUUGAUAGAUUCUAAUAAUAUAGUGAUGAACUUUGUAGCUUGUUUCCAUAUUUACUGGUAGACUAAUAAAUUAUAUUAAA